AUGGCGCGCCGUGCGGCGAAGGGCAAACAGCGCGCCACGGAGAUUGACGAAGACGAAAUGGAAGCAAUUGAAAUCUUGACUGCCUCCGAAGCUGAGUACAGCGACGAAGAGCGGGGCGCUAUCUACGGCUCAGGGGACGACAGUGACGCAUGUGGCGAAGAGGUUUCUGAAGGCAGCGAAGAAGGAGACGCCUAUGAAGACGAAGCCCGUUCAUCUCCUGUCCCAGAGGUCAUAGAGAUACUCUCCGAUGACGAAGAAAUUGAGGACACGCCUCCACCUUUGUAUAGCGUUGAUCAACGGAAUGGCGUGGACCUCGACGAAGAAGAAUAUUAUGACUCGGGAACGGAUGCUUCGGACGGCGACGCAGAUAGCGUGGAAGCAGAAGAUGGCUCUGAAGAUGAAAGAGACUUUCCGCCUGUCGAGACUCAUAGCGGGAAAGUCGAUUUACCAGACCCGUGGGCUGCUCCUACUGCGUAUGCGGAGGACUUAUAUACCGGCGGCGACUUUACGCCCGCCACAAGUUCGAGCGUCAACCCCCAUAUUCUCCCAAUGGAGGUCUUGAAUGAUACGCAAGCAAUUGAGGCCAAUUUCGAACAUGUUCACUCGGAACUCGAUCUAGCAUUCCAAUCUUCCGGACCAGAGGAAAUCACCCAGACUCACUACUCCGAACGUGACGUGCGCGAGAGUGACGUGCGCGAGAGCGACUUGCGCACGCGUUUGCCGCCGCCUUCGCAUUUGGCACCUGGGGGUGACGAUGUGGGGAUGUUCCUGACUCCUGAGGGUGCUACGCCGGAGACAUCACAUACGCCCGAGGCAAUACAUGUACCUAUACCUGAGUUUGCCAGCGCAGACGGGGAAGACGAGAGGCUGUCCGUACGCCAGGACCUUCCAGAAAAGCCUGAGGAUGUAGUGGUUGCAACUGAUGAUGGUGCUUCUCGGGAACUUCAGGACUUGCUUUCCGGCGGCUCUAUCGACGAUUUGUACGCAGACCUCGAACCUACACAAAGACUUCCGGAGGAAGAGAAUCUUGACGUUGAGGAGCAUGACUUCUCGCAUACUGGCCUUGGCACUCAAGAUCAAAUGAACAGGCCGUCCGCACGGUCUCCCAGUAUAUGGCGAGAUGAAUCCGAGUCACCGCCUCCGCCCAAGUUUAGCCAUCAUGUCGACUGGAACUGGCCACCGGCAUUUAACUCUGGGCGAAUGGCCUCUCGCGCAGGACACUUGCAGAGUCCGCACAUCGGGGACGGCGAUGUUGACGAAAUCAUCGAGAUAAGUGACGAUGAUGAGGACGUCGAGCCCGACGAGCCAGCAGAUGCGAUGAGGGACCCCACGGUGCAUUCCCUCGCUGACGACAGCGUAUCUGGAUUUGUGCACAAUGUUGCCACGAGUCCCCCGCACCUCUAUGCAGAAGAUGCAGAAGAUGACACCGCCGAAGUGUCAGAAAGCGAACUGCCUGACUUAAUUGAGGUGGACGAUCUCUACGCAAACUUGGAUACAUCCGACUCGGCCAUUGUCGACGCCGAGCUCCCCGGCCUGCUGAUCGAGCCCUCUGUAUCCCUUGCGACGGACGAAAACAUCUUCGCUGAGUUUCUCGUGCCUCCCCAUGACUCAGAAGAGUCCAACGCUACUCUGGCUAUGUUCACCCAAUCUGUGUCCCAGCUUAUGGGGUCUGCUACGGAACAGUCAGAGCUGGCAAGAACAUCCGACGAGGCGGCGGGCUUCGUGUAUAUGGCUGAUUCUCGGACCAUUAAGGCGACUGAGCAGCGCUACGAUAAUAUUGCUUCUAAGGAGUACACCGUGGAGGCAGGACAGACCGUUGAUACUGCCUCCAAAGACAGAGAGCUUAGCAUUGUGUCAGUCUCAGGCGAGGCACAUCCCGAUCUGCACGACUAUGAGGUCGAGGAGCCUGUCACAGAAGGCCGACGAACAGAGGAGCUGCAGUCUCGACUGCCGAGCCCCGACGAGAUUGUACUAGGGAGCGAGUUUUCUGCAAUCACCCAUGCUGUCGUCAUCGAGCCUGAUCGCGAAGCCAAUGAUGACUUGAACGCAGAUAAUCUGAGUGUGGCCGAACGCACAGAAGAGGUAGAUGCGAUUUCCAGUCGUACAGAUGAAGUAUUGCAUGAGGUAUGA